ACUGUCAAAUUUAAAAAAUGAAGAGAAAUUUGAAAUGGCAAAGUUUUGUAUGUAUGUACAUAUAACGUGAAGAUUUUUGUGUGCAUUGUAUUAAAAAAACGUACAUAUUAUGACUCAAGAAAUAGACCCAUUUGGAUUUAAUCUUUCUAAGGAUUUAGAAACGGAAGGAUUUGAUUUAGAGGCAGGGCAGACAUGGAUAUAUCCUACAAAUUAUCCUGUGCGGGAUUACCAGUACAACAUUGUACAAGAGGCAUUACUUAAAAACACUUUGGUAAGUCUACCCACGGGUUUAGGAAAAACUUUUAUCGCAGCUGUAGUCAUGUAUAACUUUUUCCGAUGGUACCCACAAGGAAAAGUAAUAUUUAUGGCCCCAACGAGACCAUUAGUUAAGCAGCAGAUUGAGGCAUGUUAUGAUAUCAUGGCCAUACCCAAAGAUGUAACUGUGGAAUUAACAGGUACGAAACUGUCUUCCUCCAGAGAAACUAUCUGGAUGGAAAAAAGAGUAUUUUUCAUCACUCCACAAAUCUUACAAAAUGAUCUGGAGAAGUUGACGGGACUUUAUAAAAAAAUUAAAUGCCUCGUUUUUGACGAAGCACACAGAGCUAGAGGUAACCACGCCUAUUGUGAGGUAAUUAGAAAAUUACUUCCUCACAAUAAAUAUUUCAGAGUUUUGGCCUUGAGCGCAACCCCAGGGAGUACUGUUAGUGAUGUUUUGGAGGUGGUUAAAAAUUUAUUAAUAUCUCAUUUGGAAUUUCGUACUGAAGAAAGUUUAGAUGUCAGUCCAUAUGUAUUUGAAAGAAAUUUAACUACUGUUGUAGUGCCGCUGGGAGAGAAACUGCAAAAAAUACGUGACGAUUACUUAAAGAUAUUGGAAUAUUAUACUGGAACACUGAUAAAGUACAAAGUUAUUCAAGGAAAUUGUGGGAAUUUAACAAAAGGAAAAAUUUUUAUGACCUUGAAACAAUUUCAGCAAAAUGCUCAUAAUACGGGUUCAUCAAAUUAUGGGGAAAUAAUGAAAAGUUUAAACAUAUGCGUCACAUUGUAUCAUGGUUUCGAACUACUUAUAAGACACGGGUUAAGGAGUUUUUUAUCAUUUUUUGAUGAACAUGCAGAUAAACCACUUUUAAAGGGAAAUAUGCGCCUUAUAGAAAUAAUGAAUGACAUAAGAGAAUAUUUAGGACCAGAGCCUGUAAUUGAGCAACUACCCGAUGGUUCUUUCGUUGAAAUACCCAAAAGCUCCAAAUUCGGCCAUCCAAAAUUUUACAAGCUCCGCGAUAUAUUGGCGUCCCACUUCGCACUAGAGAACGAUUCCGGUAGGGUAAUAGUUUUUUUCGAAUACAGAAAUUCCGUCAAAGAAGCUUACGCGUUGCUCAAUCAAGCCAGGCCGUUGUUGAGACCGAGAAUAUUUGUCGGCCAAGCGCAUGGAAUUACGCAACGUCAACAGCUGAGCGUGAUCAAAUCAUUUAAAGAAGGCGAGUGCAAUGUUUUACUGUCCACCUGCAUCGGCGAAGAAGGUUUAGAUGUCGGAGAUGUCGAUUUAAUCGUUUGUUUCGACAUCUCGAGUAAGUCGCCGGUACGGAUGGUUCAGAGAAUGGGCCGGACGGGAAGGAAAAAAGAGGGUCGUAUAAUAGUGUUGGUAACCGAGGGAAAGGAGCAGCACAUUUUAAAAGAUUGUUUGAUGCACAAGAAUAAUAUUCCGCUGCAGGUGCUUUCGUCUAAGGAGAUCUCCAAGGGCUUAAGUAGUGAUAGUCCCCGAUUAGUACCUCUAGAAGUCCAACCUAAAUGUAAUAAAAUAUAUAUUACCAUAAAAAAAGUGCCUCUGUCCAAGAAUAGUUCGAUAAAGGACAUGUUCCGGAAUAUUUCCAAUAAAUCUUCAGAGCCGUAUUUCCCUCCCGACCUACAAAUUGUAGAGGUACAGGACAGAAUUCCGAAACCAGAAUUCUUGUGGAAUAAAGAAAAUCCCGUGGAUAGAAACUUGAAAAUUUCGAAUUUGUUUUCAAAAAAAUUGGAGAAGCAGAGAGUUCUUCAACCCGUCCAUUUGGUUAAGCAUUCGCCGAGCAGUGAGCUGUUGGUUAGUCUUUUGCAACGCGCCGAUUCGAAGAGGUUUAAUAUACCGCUCACUCAAAUAGGCCAUUCUCAAUUAAGUCAAAGUAAAACAUUAAAACAGAGCGACAUCAGGAGUAUGUUUUUAAAACCGCAAUGUUCUAGUGAAUUUGGUGCUCCGACUCAAGCCCAAAAUGUGGGGCCAUCACCAAUCGACUACGCAGAGGAGAAAGUUUCGCACCAUUCAAAGAAACUGUUGUCGGAAAUAUCUGAUUACUUAUCAAUCGAAAUGUCAAGCAAUAAUACAGGGUGCAAGCACUGUCCCGAUAAUUUUGAUUGCACCAGCUUCUGUAUUACCCCUAACUUGGAAGAAAUAACAUGGCCUCAAAUCGACGAGUCGGUGCUGAAUAUCACGUUAGGUGACCUUCAAACGUUUUUCAAAUCCCAAAUCAUGAAAUCAGAAAGUAAUACCGAAAAUAGUCCCGAUAAUGAUAUUCAACAAACUCAGAACAGUGUUGUGUCGGAGGUGCCGAAAAAAGGGGAAUCCUCUGACGAUUCCGAUGUGGAGUUAGAGAAUGAAAUAUGUACUAUCCCUCCUUCAGAAAAAACGUUCACUUAUCAGGCCCCGAAGACUUUCGAUAACCUCUUGAAUAAAUACAGUACAUCAGUUGUGGAAGCAAGUGAAUUACCGAAGAUUGAGUUUAACGAGAAAAAUAAAACGAAGCAGAUAUGCAAUUCCGUGGAAACGAAUGUUGAUAAUGGUUCUACCUCUGUAUUAGGCUUUUUUAACUUAAACUCGAUAAAAGAUUUAUUACCAUGCGUCAAAAUUGCAGAUUCUCAAGAAACCAUUAUUUAUUCUCCUGAUAUUAUUGAAAAUUCUUUUGUGAGUAACGUAAGCACCAACGAUAACGAGUUAAAUAAUCAAAUGAAUCAAAAUAACGUUUCGCCGGUGCUGUGCACUUUCGAAAGAGCGAGGAAUAUUAAAAAUUUCCACAAAAAAUUGUUUACAUCGCAAGAAGGUGGUACAGAUUCCCAUAAAUCAACCGUGAAGGAACGGAACAAACCAAAUUUGAAAAAAUUAAAAUUGCACAGUUCCUCAGACUUAUACAGCAGAAUUGAGACACCGUCGAAAUUCUCUUCGGACACCGUUAAGUCCAGCAGUACACCUCUUCACAUUCAAGGGCAAGAGAAGAAUAGUUCUGAAGCUCUACGAAUAAGCAAUCCAAGUGGUGAAAAACAUGAAACGGGUGAAAUAAAAGGAAAAAUAAAUCAAACUAAAAUCGAUAUUGAAGAUUUAUGUGAUUUAUCGAUAUUCGGUUUAUCGACUAGUGCAGAUUUAAAACCAACCGUAAAAGAAAUAAAAAAUAAUGCAACGAAUACUAAUCCAAUUAAGAGUAAUUUGUGCUUAGACGAUAUUUGUGAUUUAAAAAUGUUUGGAAUCGGAGACGCAACAAUUAGCUUUAUGCAAACAAAUGGAAGAGGAUCUCUUAGGAAUAAAGACAGUGAAAGUGCAGAAUUUAGUGAGAAAUAUAAAACUGAUUUCAACACAAAUAGCAGUCGUGGCAUGCAAAAAGGUUCGUCUAAACAUAACAUUGUAAAUAUUUCGAAAUCAAAAAAAUUCGUCGGAUCUUCACACGUACCGUCUCAAAGUCAAGCGUCCGUUACCCAAAUAAUCGACCUAAUAAACGCGGAUGAAACAAUUACGACUCAGAAAGAAAAUUUAGAAAUUACUAAUAGAAGUUUUAAAUUAAUUGUCUCCGGUAACGAACCCAGAGGGAUUAAAAAAAGACGUGUUAAUCCGUUUAUAGAGAACGAAGCGGAACUCUCGGUCGACGAAGACGUGAUUGUUUCCGAGGACGAGGACGACGAGGACCAGAAUUUGUACGAGGCGAGUUUUAUAAACGAUAACACUCAAAACUUGGAUACUCAGAUGCACGUUAGAUAUCUGCAAUCUACGAGGAGUCCCAGAAAACGAGACAAAUUCAAGAUUCCACAGAAACCGAGUCGUUUCGUGGACGUUUUUUCUCAGGAGGUUCCCGUUGAUGACACAUACUUGGAUGAUUCUUUCGUAGUUCAUGAUGAAAUUGUGGAAGAGCACCAGGAACUGUCCGAACUAGAAAUCUUGGAAGAAAAGCUACGCGUUCAAAAGAGGAAAAGGAGAAAAUCGGAUGGCGUUACCGAAAAUGUUAAAAGAAAGAGAAUAAAGCAACUGUUAAGCGAUGACAGUGAUUAAUAUGAUUAUUUACGAAUAGUCAUAUUUAAUUUUUUUUCCAAGGUACCGCCGUGUAUUAUUUCCGUUGAAUAACUUGUGAUAAUUUAGAAGGUAUGGAAUUAAAACGAAACGAAUAGUUUUAA